AUGGAUUUUGUCAAUGGACGAGCGGGGGAUGCCGCCGACCAUGGCAUACACUCGUCGCAUGGCCAACCUACUGCUUGCGGCACGAGACAAAAUCCUGUCGGCGAGAACUGGAUGAUCAAACAAAAGUGGGGGGUUCUUGAUGAGGAUAUCUACAACUUCGAUGAAACCGGUUUCCAGAUGGAAGUCAUUGCAGGCGAGAGACCUUACGAGGCAAGCUACACCAGGCAAGCUGGUACGAAUCCUGCGUGCCAGAUGACUGGCAUAUUGGCGUCAGUGAGAAAGGCUGGACUUCCCGACGACCUGGGUCUGCAGUGGUUGAAGGAGGUUUUUGAUCCAAGCACACGACGGCGUACAGUCGGUACACACCGACUACUCAUUCUCGACGGACACGGCAGCCAUGUAGCACCGGAAUUCGACCAGUACUGCACAGCCAAUUCCAUUGUCGUCGUCCAAAUGCCGACCCAUUCCUCGCACCUGUUGCAGCCUUUUGAUGUGGGGUGCUUUUCGCCAUUAAAAACGAUAUACGGCCGCAAGGUCCAAGAAAAAAUGCUGGCGGGUAUCAACCACAUCGACAAACAUGAGUUCCUUCCCCUGUACUUGGAGGCUCGCCGACAGGCACUCUCGUCGUCGAAUAUCCGAAGUGGAUGUAUGGCGACGGGCCUUCGCCCGUUCAAUCCAAGUCAGGUAUUAACCAAAUUACAAGUUCAGGUUGGCAAACGCAAUGAUAGCAACGGCUGGCAAGGCGAUGAGCACACACCUAGUCCACAGAAAGGCCAGUCCGUUUGCAAGACCCCGUACAACAUCAAUCAGCUUGCUACUCACACCGACGCUCUCCUCCAGCGUUGGCCGCAAAUUCAAGAUUCGCCAGUUUCACAAGCAAUCUACCAACUGAUCAAAGGGUGUCAGAUGGCCAUGCACAGCGCCAUCCUACUCGCAGACGAAAACUGUCAAUUGCGGUCAGAAAAUCAGCGGCAAAACGGAAAAAGGAAGUCCGGCGAGAAUAUAUAG